CGCAAGAAGGAUGAGUCAUCAGGGAGCAGUUCUACAAGGGUAUAAUAAUGAGCUGGUGAAAUACCUAGAAGACUUGAGCAUGCGCAGAGAAGAACUGGACAAACAGAUCAGGCAAGCGGAGCAGGAGAAAAAGGUGGUCCAGGAUGAAAUUGCGAUGCUGACAGACCAACUGGGGCAUGUGUGUGAAAGCCUGGCGUGGAAGAACGCUGCGCAAAAGGGACUUGAUAAAAUCCUGGCCGAAACAGAAGUGGCCUAUGAGAAGAUCUUGGAGAGCUCUAGAAUCCUGCUGAAUGUCUUGAAAACAGAAACUGGGAAUUUAGACAAAGUGAUAGCUCUAAAAAACAGUGUGCCUGGGGAUGGUUAAAUAUUUGGGCUACCCUAAGACCAGGUGCGGUCAAAAGGCAUCCCCAGGCAAGAUUAUCCCUUUGAUAA